CACAUUCUUUAGUUGGUACUGGUCGAUGACAACAAACAAUAGGUUAAUAACCAACGUGCAUUUGAGAAAGUGAAUGAUUCAGUACAUAUCAACUUAACAGGUUGGUUUUAAUUUCCAGCAAACGAUCGAAAUUUCAUCUCUCUAGCUUCUUUUGAGCAACGACAAUAAGUAAUAUCCGAAAGUCAACUUUCACCAAAUAGAACCCACCGAAAAUGGACGUAACACGUAAAAAUUAUUAUGAUAUCCUUCCAGAUCUCAAAAAAGCUGUGUCAGAAGCUGAAUUUAUCUCUAUUGAUUUAGAGUUGACUGGUUUGACGACGGGUGGUCGAGAACUGGAUGCUAUGCCAUUUGACACGCCACGCCAGUAUUAUGAGAAAGUUCAUCGCAAAGCAUUAGACUUUCUACCCCUUCAAUUGGGUAUUUGUAUUUUCCAAUAUGAUGCAAAAGGCGAAAGGUAUACGUAUCAAGCAUACAAUUUCUACACCUUUCCAUUUUCCAACUUGAAAGGUUUUCCAAAUAACACAUUUCAAUGCCAAAGCUCAAGCCUAGCAUUCCUUUCAAAUUGCGGGUUUGAUUUCAACAAGGCCUUUGGGGAAGGUAUCCCUUUCUUAACGCAGCAAGACGAAGACAAAUUGAGGACAAGUAUUGAGGAUCGGCACCAGAAGAUGGGCCGGGAAAGUACAAAAGAGACGUAUAGUGAUAUUCCGGUUCCUGAUGAUAUGAAACUGAAUCUUAAUAAUAAUAUGAAGAAAAUUAAGGAAUUUUUAGAUGAUGGAAGUGACAACAGAAAAGAUUAUUUUAUUCUGGAUCGCUGCAAUGCUUUUAUGAGGAGGCUUUUGUAUCAAGAGGUUGCUAAAGAAUUUGGAGAUGCAGUUCAGCUAGAAACCUGUGAUGAUUCAAGCUUUGCUAUGAAAAUUUCAAGAGGUGGAGGAGAAGAGCUAAGGAAACUUCGAGAAGAGGAGAAAAUGAAAAAAGAGUGGAAAGAAUUUGAAGAAACUGUUGGCUUAUCACACCUGAUCAAGAUGAUUUCAGAAUCUGGCAAAUUGGUUAUCGGUCACAACUGCUUCUUGGAUGUGUGUCAUAUGGUCAAUCGAUUCCGUUAUUCCCUGCCAUCCAACUAUGACAACUUCAAAGAGCUUGUUCACCAUAUAUUCCCGAGAGUGCUGGAUACUAAGUACAUGUCCAUUGCUGCUCAAUUCAAGGAGCUGAUUCCCUCAAAUGUCUUGGGUCAUAUGAGAGGGACUCUGUCUGAAGCUCCAUUUGAAAUGCCCAUUGUUGAGGGAAACAUGGAGGGCCGCUCCUACAGCGAUUUAGUCGAUAAAUCACAUGAAGGUGGCUAUGAUGCAUUUAUGACAGGACAAUGUUUUCUCUCCAUGUGCCAGUACCUCGCAAAAGAUGUGGGGCGAAAAUUAAACAGUCUGAAUUCCAUUAGUGACAUUCUUGAAAAUUUUGAGAACCGGCUGUACCUUAUGAGAGUGCAAGAUGUUCCUUUCAUGAGACUUGGGGCUCCAGAUACCAAGCCCCCUAGGAAUCAUGUGUUUCAUUUAAAGUUUCCCAGAGAAUGGAGACAGUAUGAAGUAGUUGAGUUAUUCAAGCCAUUUGGAUCGGUGUUUAUAUCCUUCAUCGACGACCGCUCUGCUUUUGUUGCAUUGCACAAAAGAGAUCAAGCAAAAGUUGUCAUGAAAACUAUGACAGGAAAUGACACAUACAAAGUCACAUCAUUUAGCACAUUUCAAAAGCAAACAGAAAGAAAAUUUCUUCCUGAUGUUCAACCGUCAUCUCCAAGCCUUGAAGUUCUCCGAAAACGGAAGUCAAGAGAUGUGUCAGAAUCACCAGACCUGUUUAAAAAGCACCGUGGCCUUGAACAACGGCAUAAGCCAGCCGAGCUGUUGAGCACCCAAUACCUCCUUGGCAUCAUCAUGAACCGUUUCUACCUGGAUUGGCUCAAACAUCCAGUGGAGCCUAUUGCCUUUAAAGCCUUCACCCUUACCAUGAAGAUGAUGUUGGGUCUCUUUCUCAUGAUAUCCAUUUGUUAUAUGAUAUGGUACUCGUUAGUUAUUGGCAAACGAUAAGGUUGUGUCCCAAUGUGAUAUUAGUAUAUUGGUGUUUAUAUCAAUGUUGACAAAUACAAUAAUUGAUGUUACUGGAACUCUGAUAUAAUGACUUAACUUAAAGAAGACUUAAUUGAGGCUGUUUAAAAGCUAGCUUAUGCUAAGAGUCAGAUCAAUAAGUUGUUAUUUCUUUUAUAAAUUAACUAAUUAUUUUGGUAUUGGCAUUUAGUUUAAUGCACUCUCGUUUAUAGUAAAAAUUCUUGGAACUACUAAGGACACUGUAUCUUGAGGAAGUACACAUUAAAAUCGGGCUGUGGGUUGAUUAUAUGUUGAUAAGUAAUUGUUGGACCCGUAGAGAUCUGUAUUUUUGAGAUAUGUUAUCCAUCUCAAGUGCAUUGUCAAAAUUCUUGUCUGUUCCUUUCUGAGGGAAGGGUUGGAAUUGAUCUUUUCAUCUUUUCACUUUUCAUCAGAAAUACCUUGAGGUGAAGCUUGGUGAUCAUAACUACUGCAAUUUUGCCUUCUUCUCACCUUAAGUUGGUUUUGGGCUUCACUUUUUUAUUGCCCAGCAGAAACAUACGGCUGUGAAAUAAUUUAUGUACUUUAUCCUUGUGUCACUCUUGACUUAUGCAUUGAAAUUUGAAUGCUUAACAUGUCAGUUUUUUUGUGCAUCAGUGUAGGUAUAUACCAAGAUGGGCUCCCUUUUCUGGUUGAGUUAUGAGUUGUGAUGCUUUUUUGAUUUAUACCCUGCAUUACUGAAUGACGUGUUACAUUACUGUUCAAAUUUUUCUCCAAUUAUAAAUUGUAGUCAAUUUUUAUGAUAGCCAAAACCAUAAACUUGAAAAGUUCCACAUAUUUUAAUCUGUUUGAAACUGCUAUUGUAAGUCUUCAGGGUAUCAAGGAUCAAAUCACAUCAAUAUUUUUUAAAAGUAGUUGUAAGAUUUGUGUACAAGAGAUAAUAUGUUGAGGUGUUUUUAUAUUGCAUAAUUCUGUUAAGAAUUGUGUGGGGACAAAAUAUUUGUAAUGUACUACAUUCAUCAGGUAACAUGUUUGUUACCAUGAAUUUUGAACCUCUCUCAUGUCGUAGCCAACACAUGUCAACCUAAUUUUAUUGUUUUAUGUAGGUUUUGAGGGUUUCUUGACUGGUUUCUCUCUCCAAUUGGUGUUAAUUUAACAUUUGGAAUGGACUGUUUUAUUGAAUGUAUUUUGCAUGAUUUUAAGGCUUGGGAACUGGAAGGGUUUAGAACUUAACCACUAAUGGUAGCCACAUCAUUAUCGAAAGAUGCCUCUGAAUGUUCAAUUGGAAGUCUUCAUUAUAUGUAACUCUGUACUCGCUACUAGAUGAGUGGUUGUCUUAUCACGUGAUCUGUAUGAAAACGAAUUAAAGAAUAGUUUUGACAUUGAUUUA